AUGGUAGCACAAAUUUAUGUUGAUGACAUUGUGUUUGGAGGAAUUUCAGACUCGAUGGUGGAACAUUUUGUCCAACAAAUAAAGUCUGGGUUUGAGAUGAGUCUUGUAGGUGAACUCACUUUCUUUAUUGGUCUUCAAGUGAAGAAAAUGGAAGACAAUAUUUUUGUAUCUCAAAGCAAGUAUGCUAAGAGUAUAGAGAAUAAGUUUAGCCUUGACAAUGUUAUACACAAAAGAACUUUUGUUGCUACUCAUGUGAAAGUGAUCAAAAAUGAAAAUGGAGUUGAUGUAGAUCAAAUCCUAUAUAUAAGUAUGAUUGGAAGUAUGCUUUACCUCACAAUAAGCAUGCCUGACAUCACAUUUUAUGUUGGAUAUUGUGAUGUUGAUUGGGCUGUUGUAAGUGUUGAUGAUAGAAAUAACAUAUUUGGUGGAUGCGUCUUCCUUGGUAAUAACUUAAUCUCUUGGUUCUGCAAGAAGUAA